GCAGACGCAAAGACUAGCUGAAUGUUCAUAUGUUUACCUUACAAUUGCGAAUCUAAUUGCCUCUGAAAAAGAUUUGUGCAAAUUUUGUAAAAAAAAAUGGUUUCUGAGAAUAUUAAUAAAGCUAUCGAAAAGAUAAACAACAAUGAUUCUACGGGUCUUCAAGAACUCAUUAAAUCUCAGGAAGUUGGCAUUGAUAGUGAAGAUGAACAUGGAAUGACAUUGCUACAACAUGCCGCCUUUAAAGGAAAAAAAGAUAUGUGCCAGCUACUUCUCGAUCUGGGAGCUGAUCCUAAUGGAGGCCAUCAUGAACAUCAAUAUUCUACCCUUCACUUUGCUGCUUUGUCUGGCAAUCUAGAUAUUUGUCAACAGUUGCUUCAGUAUGGCUCCAAGCCUGACACAAUUAACUCAGUAGGCAGGACUGCAGCUCAAAUGGCUGCAUUUGUAGGAAACCACACAGUUGUGUCCAUUAUCAACAACUUCAUUCCCCGUUCAGAUAUAGAGCUCUAUACUGCAACAGUCACUGACCAAAAUGAAUCAAAGUUACCACCAGCUGCUGCACCAGCUUUGCACAAAUUUGUCAUGCAGGUUAAUCUGCAUCCUGUUCAUCUUUUGUUGACCAUUCAAAAACUUCCUAUGCUUUACGAAAAUCUUUCAAAAGUAAAAAACGCACUAGAGUUGCUUAGCGAGAAUCAAAUGAAACGCGGUCGAGAAGCAAAUGAAAUACUCUCACUUAAAUACCAUUACUUGCGUUUCCUAGUUGAAAGGAUUGCAAAAGAGCAACAGCAGCACCCUGAGAAAUCUGUUGUAGAUUUGAUUAAUCAGUACAUUAAAGCUUUCCUAAAGCAACGUCCGUCGGAUGGAUUCCCUGAAUUUUUGGAUAAUUUCAUCAGAGAAUCUAUCCGCACGUUCCCUUUUAAAGAAACAACCAUAUUUCGCCAGUUGCUUGUCAACCUCUCAAAAACAAAGCAAGAUUCCCCACUGGCCCUCAACCUUCUAACGUCGUGUAUCAACGGUCAGCGUGGAUUUCAAGAUGACGACUCGUGUGCGACUUGUGGCCAAGAAAAGGUGCCCAGCAAAUGUUCCAUUUGCAAGUCUGUACAGUACUGCAACCGGGAUUGUCAGAAGAUACACUGGUUCAUCCACAAAAAGGAAUGUGAUAAGUUAGCUAAACAAUUUAAAAAUCUGGAAAUCAAAUCUCAAGAUUCUGAGAAUAAAACUAUAGAUCAAGAAGCGAGCAAGUAAAAAGCUCAUCUCGUGCUGUUGUGCAUGAUCAAGAAAUAUCCGUAAGUCUGUUUUAAGUGUAUUCUUAUUAUUAUGAUUGUCCGCAUGUUUCUGCACCGAAUUUUAAUUCCCUCUUUUUCAUCCACCGAUUAACACAUAAAGUUGGUUACGGUCCAGUCAUAUACAGUAGGCGACAUCCUAACCCAGUUGUUUUUAUCUGUGUGGAAUACUUCUUUGGGCUGUACAACCAAUUAUGAGAACAUGCAUCCUUUUGGAAAUACAGUACUUGUCAUAUUACA